AUGGCCGCGCAAGACGGUACUCUCGACGCUCGGUUGUUUGACGACGACGACGACGCCGAGGACCUUGUUUUCAAGCAGCCUCUCGAUGCGCUCGUCACCCAGGCCUCGACCCCAGCUCGGGCGGCAGCUCAGAUCGACGAGUGGGUUGUGAGCGAGGCCAACAGGCGAUACAGGGAGCUCGAGGAACGGAAUCCGCCCUUUGAGCUCGCCGACGACGAGAGCCUGUACCUUGUCGGGCCCAACGCCUCGAGGCACAUGCACAUGCUGUUCGACUCGGUCGCGAGACUCUGUUCAGCCUUUGAGCCCGGCAGCACGGCGCAGGACGCGCUUGUCGACUUUAUCGUUCAGCUCAAGGCUCUGCCGAAGCAUAAUGUGCCGCAUUCCCGCUUUGAUGAAGAUGAGAAUCCCGUCGGGAACGACCGGCUAUUGCUGUGGCCAUUAGGCACCCCGUCGGCAAAAGUCUUCAUGCUCGCCUUUCAUCGCGAAGCCGAAGAUCUGGCAUACCCAUUCUCAGACGUUGAAGAACCCAAUAGCGAGUCUCAGCAGCGGUGGAGAAACCUGCAAAGCUUCAUCGCGCGAAUCACAACGCUGGACCUGAUUGACUGCAGCGAGGUGUGUGCACUAUUUUAUAUCCUGCCCUCGUCACACAUGUAUCCCGACCUCGAGAAACGCGGCAGUGGUGGGAUCAACAGAAUCGCGGGCGAUCUCAAAGCCGCGGCUCAGUGGCUUCUCGGCCACUCAGUACGCCAGUGGGUAUAUGAGCGGUGCAGGAAGAACGCCGAGGACGCUGCUGAUGGGUCUCGCGAGGUUUGGAGCAUGCGGAACUGGAAAACGUGGAAAGAGCAAAUGGCGUUUAUAGCAGAAGACGAGCGGUUCUCGGAGGAAACACGGCUUCUUGCCAGGUCGUUGCUGGAAAAGAUGGAUACCCAGGGAUGA